AUGGUCACUACUGGAGAUCCAGUGCCUGCAAGGCUUGCAUAUCUACGUGAGUCUGCACGUCUACUGGCCAUUGCCUCACCCACCACCUCAUCUUACCUCGGAGCUCAAUAUGGCAAGCUCCUACUCGACUCAGACGGAGAUAUCAAUGAAACUCAAGUCCAGCGAGAUGCCCGCCAACGUGAAUUUUGCAAUCGAUGCGGUAACAUCAUGGUUCCGGGUCUCUCAUACAAAGUAAGACAAUCGAGAGAGCGGCCGAGAUCCAAAGUGGCCAAGAAGGAAAAGACCACACUCAGCAGCGGAAUCGAAAACGUCAACAAUGCCCGAGAACAGAAAGAAGCGUGCAAAAGCUCGAAAGCAAGGUGUACUACAAGCAUUGCUGAAGGAUCAAUCCUCGGCCAGGCCAAGCAGCUCUGGCUUUGGUCUUGA